ACCAGACCCAAGCGACCAGACAGCUCGUUCUUCUGUGUGUACCCGAGAAAGCCACUGCUGAAGCAUGAGUUCCCAGCAGCAGAAGCAGCCCUGCGCCCCACCCCCUCAACCUCAGCAGCAGCAGGUGAAACAGCCUUGCCAGCCUCCACCCCAGGAGCCAUGUGCCACCAAAAUCAAGGAGCCCUGCCACCCCAAGGUGCCUGAGCCCUGUCAUCCCAAGGUGCCUGAGCCCUGCCACCCCAAGGUGCCUGAGCCCUGUCAUCCCAAGGUGCCUGAGCCUUGCCCCUCAACGGUCACUCCAGCACCAGCCCAGCAGAAGACAAAGCAGAAGUGAUGUGGUCCACAGCCAUGCCCUUGAGGAGCUGACCACCGGAUGCUGAGCCCCCAUCCCACUAUGCUCAUUAGGCCCAUUUGCCUGUUGACCUUGCAGUUAGCAUGCUGUCACCCUGAGUCAUAAUCCCUCCCUCUUUGCACCUCAAAAAAGAUGUCUUUUACCCUCACUCUGGAGGGUUCCUGAGCUUGUGAAUAAGGCAGAAAUUCUCACUGGGUGAGCUGGUCUUCCAGUUGCUCAGGGUUCAUCUGAAGAGGGGUUUGGGGAGGGAUCAGGUGAAUAUUCCCUGUUCUUCCCCCAAUAAAUAACUUUUAACUCCA